AAGGCAAAUUAAAUCGUACACUCAUUGCUCAGCAAUGUCUCUUGACGUCCAAAAUACUUUACUGACGAAUCUCCUUCACAAAAACCAACUUAUACGGGCAAUAUAUUCUUGUUGGCAUGUUUAAACAUUUAGAGAGAGAGAGAGAGUUUAAACAUUUAGAAUUUUACAGAGAGAGAGAGAGAGGCAGGCAGAGAAAAAAGAGAUGGUGUGGUGGCUUUCUUGGGUGGUUGUGGUGGUGACUAUCAUCGGAGACGGUGGUGUUAGCCGAGCGGACGUAGUAGGAUAUGAUGGAAGAUCUCUGAUCAUUGGCGGGCAAAGAAAAAUUCUCUUUUCUGGUUCAAUUCACUAUCCUCGAAGCACUCCUGAGAUGUGGCCAUCUUUGAUAGCCAAAGCCAAGGAAGGAGGACUGCACGUCAUACAAACCUAUGUCUUCUGGAAUCUCCACGAGCCUCGGCCUAACCAGUAUAAUUUCAUUGGGAGAUACGAUUUGGUAAGGUUUAUCAAGGAAAUCCAUGCCCAAGGCCUGUACGCUUGCCUAAGGAUCGGACCAUUUAUUGAGAGUGAAUGGACUUAUGGGGGAUUUCCCUUUUGGUUGCAUGAUGUUCCCGGCAUUAUUUAUCGGUCUGAUAACGAACCCUUCAAGUUCUAUAUGCAGAACUUUACCACAAAAAUAGUCAACUUGAUGAAGUCAGAAGGUCUAUAUGCUUCACAAGGAGGCCCAAUCAUACUAUCACAGAUUGAGAAUGAAUAUCAAAACGUUGAAGCAGCUUUUAAGGAGAAAGGACCUUCAUACGUACGUUGGGCAGCAGAAAUGGCUGUCGGCCUCCAGACUGGUGUACCAUGGGUGAUGUGCAAGCAAAGUGAUGCUCCUGAUCCAGUGAUUAAUACAUGCAAUGGAAUGAAAUGUGGUGAAACUUUCCAAGGACCCAACUCCCCAAAUAAGCCGUCAAUGUGGACAGAAAAUUGGACCUCUUUCUAUGAAGUAUUUGGUGGAGAACCUUACUUAAGAUCUGCUGAAGACAUUGCAUUUCACACAACACUUUUUAUUGCGAAAAAGGGUUGCUAUGUGAACUAUUACAUGUAUCAUGGUGGAACGAAUUUUGGAAGAACAGGCGCUUCAUAUUUCAAAACAAGUUAUUAUGAUCAAGCUCCUCUUGAUGAAUAUGGGUUAAUAAGACAGCCCAAAUGGGGACAUCUUAGGCAGAUGCAUGCUGCAAUUAAAUUUUGCUCUGCAACUUUGCUACAGGGAGUGCAGACUAAUUUCUCCUUUGGUCAACUCCAAGAGGCCUAUGUUUUCCAAGAAGAAUCAGGAGGAUGUGUGGCAUUUCUGUUAAACAAUGAUCAAAAAAAUAAUGCGACUGUCCAAUUUCGAAAUAUCUCAUUCGAAUUGCUUCCAAAGUCGAUAAGUAUCCUAUCAGACUGUGAACAUGUAAUUUUCAGCACAGCGACGGUUAAAACCGAGUAUAAUGAAAGAACAGCAACAUCAAACCAAAAGUUUGAUUCGGAGGACGGGUGGGAAGAAUUCAAAGAUGUGAUCCCGAACUUCUCGGAUACCUCAUUAAAAUCAAAUUCAUUGCUAGAGCACAUGAACACAACAAAAGAUGAAUCUGAUUACCUUUGGUAUACCUCUAGUUUUCAACAAAAUUCAUCUUGCUCUGAGCCAGUACUUCAUAUUGAAUCUCUUGGGCACGUUGCGCACGCAAUUGUCAAUAACAUUUAUUUUGGUACUGCUCAUGGAAGUCAUGAUGCUAAAGGAUUCACUUUUGAGAUGCCAAUAUUGCUCAAUAAUGAAAUGAACAAUAUUUCAAUACUCAGUGUAAUGGUUGGAUUACCGGACUCUGGUCCUUUUCUAGAGAGUAGAUUUGCAGGAUUGACUAAGGUGGAGAUUCAAUGCUCGAAAGAAGGAACAUUUAAUUUCACUAAUCAAGAAUGGGGAUAUCAGGUUGGGAUGUUGGGGGAGAAGCUACAAAUAUAUAAUGACCAAAACUUGAGUAAUGUGGCGUGGAGUAAAACCAAAAUUUCUACCAAUCAGCCAUUCACUUGGUAUAAGACAGUAUUUGACAGGCCUAAAGGAAAUGACCCAGUCGCCUUGGACCUUAGCACAAUGGGCAAAGGCGAAGUUUGGAUUAACGGGCAAAGCAUUGGUCGCUAUUGGGUCUCAUUUCAGAACUCUAAAGGAACUUCUUCCCAAACUCUAUGAUCGUGGUGGUGACAACCUCAUUGGCGAUGAAGAUCGACAGGGAGUGGCUCUUUUAAGGACUGAAAUUUAGGACUUUCAACAGAUAACCCAACAGGAACUACAAGAUAUACAAGCAACCCUUAGAUUGGGUCUAGAGCAAAAUCGUGAUAACAACAUGUUACGGUUACAUAACAUUGACGGAGAUCGCUUUCGUCCUGUUUGUGAUCGUAACCCCAUCCCCAUCCUGCGGCGUAGUUAGCCUACGUACGAGGAAGACUUCACUGAUGAUGAAGACUACGCUGAAAAGGUGUUUGGGGGACAUAGAGGUGCAUGAAGAUAUCGGGAUCAUGGAGAUCAUGAUUCUAAGAAUUUUUGUAUGAAUGUGGACCUCCCCGUUUUAACAAUCCAUUAAUAUUAAAGAAUUCUUGGACUAGGUAGCAGAAAUAUAGGGAUUUUUUAUUACAUGAAUAUUCAAGAAGAUAAGAAAAUAAAACUAGUGGCGUACAAACUGAAGGAAGGAACUUCUUCGUGGUGGGAAAAGCUACAGGUUUCUUGUGCAUGGCAAGGGAAGGCACGAGUAUGCUCUUUGCAAAAGGUGAAACGUCUACUAAGGGCCAGAUUUCUACAACCAUAGUAUGAGGAAGUAUCAGGAUUGCAAGCAGGGGAGUAAAACAGUUCAGGCCUAUACUAAGUAAUUUAUUCUAUUAUCAUCACGUAAUAAUCUAAUGGAAAUUGAGAUGCAGCAGCGCUUGUUAUCUGAAUGGUUGUGAUUUUCUAUUCAACAUAAGGAUUCAAUAUAUACGAUUUACACUACAAAAGAGGCCAUCAAUGUAGUGAUGAGGGUAGAGACAUAUUUGGAAAGGUCGAAUUCACAAGCAGGCUCCAAAAAUUACUUUGAUUCGUCGCUCUUUGCAGCGAACAAAGCAAAAUAGCCCAUGAACCCUUAACUUUCUGUUACAGCAACACAUGAUUCGUGUAGCACCAGUACACAAUCG